GGGAAGGUGUCGUGACGUUGGCUGGCUUCCGUUCCAAAUAGGAUUGCUACAGGCCAGGAAUGGCAGGUGUGGUGCUUCGAGGCCGCCUUCUACCCACAGCUAAUGUCGCCGCUCUCAACAGACAUCGCAUGAGCCGCCACCAGCUCUCCUUCGCUCUCCACGACCACCACCACGCCGUCCGCCCCCGCACCGUCGCGCGCAGCCGUCCCCCGUUCGUGGUCCAGCAGGAUGCCCACGCUGCGCUGGCGUCGAAAGACGUCCACGCCCUUCUUCCCCGGCGCGUGGCCCAACUCUUCCGCCUCGGAUCAGGACCACGACCAGCGCCUGCCCGUGUACAGCGAUGACGCACCGCCCCAGCUCCCCGAACUUCGCCAUCUGAGCCCCCGCAAGCACCACGGCGAGGACCUAGCGGCGCUCGCUGAAGAGGGCUGGGGUUCCCGAUCGGCGCGCUGUGGGAGCGCGAGUCGGGAGCGGCGGGCUUCGCAGCCCAUGGCAAUGCCCAGCCCUGCGUCGACGAGCGCGCCGCUGAGUGCGUCGUUGUCGCAGGCCUCGACUUUCAGUGAUCAGACUGACUCUGAGGGCGUCCUCACCCCACAGUCGAUCCAAGGUCCGCUCUGGCUCUCUCCGCGUACAGAAGCUCCUUACACCCAAAUCACCAAAGACAGCCUCGUUUCCGAGUCCACCUCUUUCUACCAAUCUUUCGAUGACCAGCCACGCCACGACCAGGACUCUUUCUCGCAUGAUACCACCAUAGACACAAUCAACGUUAAUACCACUGUAUCCAGCUCUAAUACGGCCGACUUCCACCCGCAUCGCGGCGCGACGCGCGCGGCGUAUCGCAAUCCGCCGCUCUUGGACUUUUCGGAGCCUCUUCCGCUAACUCGCAUCAGCCUGGACUGGGAGGCGAGUCCGCGCCUAUCGCAGUCGCCCAUUCAAUUCUCUACACCGUCUGCUGUCGGCUCCCCCGUGCUCCGCGACGGCGAACCUGCAGCCUUCAACCCCGAAGCCAUGGCGACCACGUUCUUCCCCGUGCCCACGAGCAGCGGCCACGAACAUUCCUCAGAAACUCAUGAAGACGUCGGGCAGGCCGCUUCCUCUCCGCUGACCUCGCCGUCUGCCUAUAGCCUUGGCACGGACUCUCCGGUGCUCCCUGCUGACGUCGGCCCAAUCCAGAACCCUCAGCCUCCGCUCAAUUCGCCGUAUACGCUCAUGGCGGGGGACUUGGACGCGUUCGCGGCCGCCGCGACGAGCUCUUCGCUGUCGCUGCCUACGUCGCUGCACUCUGCGCUGUCGGAGGUGCUGCUGGCUGACUCAGAGAUAUCAGAGCGGAGCCCGCUGCCGCCCCCGCAUUUCCGCGCCCCGUCGCUUGUGGUUGCCGCUCAGUGCGGGAAUGACAUGACUGCGUUCCCGCGCACUCCUGGGGCAGACGGGAAGAUGACGACGAGUAUGACGAGGCGGGAGACGCUGCCGUCGAGGAGCGAUCCGGAUGCGCACCGACGGAUGAGCGCACCGCUCUUGCACUCUCCACAUACGCCCGUUCAUCGUAGCACGCCGCGUGAACGUAGGCAAACGCUUAGCAGCCGUGUGGAAGUUCAGCAUGUCCAGGAUGACCCUGACGGCGCGGAUGGGGGUCACCGGCCAGCGAAGAUUCCAGUCUUUGGGAAGAUGCGGAAGCUGGGAGGAAAGUUCUUGAGCUUAUUUGGCGGCAAAAUUGAAGAAGACGCGAAGACGACUGUGACGAAGGUCGAGUUUGAAUCGGUGGGUGUAUUCGCCUUCCGACUCCCCCCGUCGCCUCGGCGCGACUCGUUCCUGCCCAUUGAUGACCCGGAGUCUGCGUCGAAGGGAUGUGUCGAUCCCUUGCAGCAUAUGCGCGGCAGCCCUUCCAUCCAGUUCAAGAAGGAUCGUGGCGCCUCUAGCAGCGACUAUGCCCCGCAGACCCCUAGCAGCGAGAAAGCACCGCCCGCGCCGGUGACGGCAAAGCAGGCGCGGAGAUUCUCCUUGUCUUCAGCGUUGUCGAGAUCACGCCAGUCGUCUCUGAAGAGCGCUGUGGCCGGCUCGAAGAAGGGGAAGGAGAGAGCCAGGCCGGUCAGCAUGGUCGUGAGCAGCAGCGCGGCAAGGCGCGCGUUCUUGGACCAACCCCAGAUACGAGUGCAGGCGCCCACGCCUUUAAUCGGCCCGGCGGCGAGCACGUCGAAGGAGGAUGUGCGCGCGAGGCAUACGAGCAUGCUUGUGGGGAAGGAGAAGGACGUGAGGCGCGAUAUGAUCGAGGUCGCGGGGUCGAAGUUCAGGAUGCACAAGCCGAGGCUGCCUGAGGGUGCGGACCAUCCUGAACGUGAUCGCGAGGCCGCAACCCCACCCGCUGACGUGGUGCAGAGUCCUAAACUCGGCCCUGAGCGGGUUAUUGAGGAGGCUUCUACGGAGCUGGUCACAUCAGCGUCUGCCAUGGAAUCUCCGUACGAACCCGCUCUGCGUGAACGUGUACCCAUCGAGCGUCCUGGCCCUGAUGAAGUGCAGGCAUACGCAGUCCCUGCCCCGGAGACGGAGGCACAAGCGCCCUCGCGCCGAUUCUCACUCUCAUCCGCCAUUUCGCGGCGCGCCAUGCGUGCCCGAAGCAUGAUAGUCUCCGUUGGACGGCGCAGUAGCGAGAGCGACCGUGCAGCAAAUAGUAGUGGGAGCACGGACGCCACCGCUACGCCGAACACCUCAGGGACGUCGAGCCCACGUCCUCCUCAUCGCCGUGGUAGAGGAAGCACGUUCAGCACGAUCAUCGAUACUGGAGUGCGGUUCGACAUGAUGACGCCUGGCUUUGGGUUCGUCAUGCCGACGCCGACGCCAUCUUCUCCGCGUGUCACGGCUGAUUCACCGACUACGUCGGCGCGACGCUCGAACGAUGCGGACUUCAGGCGUGAUCGGGACGACGCGCCUGUGCCCAGGACGCUUGACUUGGAGGUGGCGGGAGAGAUUGCCGGGAUGGAAGAGUAUCCAUCGCCGGAUUCAGACCUCGAUAGCAUGAGCUUCGCCGGGACGGCGACACUCUUGGAGAGCGUAGCGAGCGGCAUCAGUGUUAACUCGUCGUAUGCUGACUUCUUUGUGGACGCUCGCUCGGAGGCUACGAACUGCAGCAUGGACUUCGACGAGCCUGGGGACACCCUGGUUCGCGGAGGUGCGACGAGACUGGGCGAGCCCUUCGAGGGUGGCGAGCCUGUGAUCAGACAGAUUGAGCUGGUCCGUGCAUCGAGCACGGCGGUUGGGUCGUCGGGCAGCUCGGAGGGUGGGACGCCUAUGGUUGAAGCUGUGGAGAGGGAGGAAGAGAGGGGGUUCUUACGGGCGCUGGGGCUCGAGCUGCCGGUUGAUCAUGUUAAUCGGCUGGUUGGGUAGAGUGUUUCGGGACGAACAAGAAGAUUGCUUUUCACCUCAAGACUUUCCAUCUCUAACUUGGGAAAGACGGAAACCAUUCGUCUGUUGGGUUGGUUUCUCAAAGCACUAUAUAUGGUUUCAGGUAUACAAUCACACCAUUACCAGAUGCCUGUCAGCGGUCCCCCGC